CCCCCGCCGGCACUUUCUUGGUGGCACUGUUGUCAUGCUGUUUUCCCCAGAGAGCACUCACCCCGCCUCUGACAGGUAUCAAGGGGCAGGAUUAGGACUCAGGGGCGUGGUCUCCAACAGUCCUGGGAAAGACACCUGCUCCCUCCUGACCCCAGUUUUUCCCUCUGGGCAAUGGGGAUAAGAAAACCCACGGGGCAGGGGGGGUGGGGGGUUGUCAUUAAAGUGAAAUGAGCAAAAAGCCACCACAGGUACUCAGUAAAUGUAGCCAUACAGGUGCCCUGAGUCUUAGAGCAGUUUCAAGCUUUGAUAACCCUAGAAGUUCCAAUGCUGCAAACUCCAAAGAAAGAAAGAGAAAAUAAUUGCACCUCGGAAGGUGCAGUUAUUCCCAGUUCUUUUAGGCUUCUUUUCUCUUGUGAACUUGAAUGAGUUUUCAAUGUUAACUUUUUUCAGUGGACAUUUGCCAUCUCCAACCAGAGGAACUCCAACAAAACGUUCGCAUUAAAAACUGACCGUUCCAACUCCACAAAACUAAAAAGCAUAGCAGAAAUGGGAAGUUAAACUUUCAAAUGAAAGUUGGCUGCAUGCGUUCUUCCGAGGUUUUGAGAGCUUUGUCUCAGGACUUGGGGCUGUAUCGCUGCACAGGAAGUAACCUCUCAGGUCAGCCUCUGGGUGGUGACCUCAUGUGUGUGGCAUCCAGAAGCUUCUGGCAGCGAGCACUGGACUUGGAGUCCAAAAGCUCUGGUGGUAAAUGGGGCCCCUUUGCCUCCGGGAAGCGUGAAAAGGGGGCAGUCAGUUCUGAUUCCUCAUCUGUAAACGGGGGCUUCUGCAAGUACCCUCCUUACUGGCUCUGGGAGGAUUCAAAGGGACUGGGAUCCUCAAUCCUUUACUGAAGCUUCAGGUAAAGGACUUGGCCCGGGGUGGGCACUCCGUGGGCGCGGGGAACAGGUUGACACCCAUUGUGGGAGGCUAUGGGGUGUCUAGGUGGUCUGAGCCCUCAGUGAACAAACUAGUUUCAUGACCCACUGGCUCUGUGACCAGGGGGGCAUGGCCUCACCUCCCUGAGCCUCAGUUUUCCGGUCUGUAAAGUGGGCUCCAUGAGGAUUAAAGGAGCCGAUGCAGAAGGAGCAUCUUGCAAGGACAUCACCUGCGUCCCGUUGCUGCUAUUCCUGGGGACUGUGAGGACGUGCAGUGCAGGGCCCUGGGGCUGUUUGAAGGAACCAGGAGGAAGAGUUCUGGGAAGCACAGCCCUCCUCCCCAGGGCCACCAGGCACACCCAGCGGCCGGUGGUUAGUGAGAAACUGUGCCCUCCCAGCUGCGAGCAUUGGCCACCUGGCCUCCCUCCCCCGACACCAGCGCUGGGACAGAGCAGCAGGGUGGGCAGGGAUGGGUACGCGUGCUACACUCAGCCGGGUAGGAGGGGCCUCUGUCACACACUGUCACACUGUCACUCCAGCUCGGGGGGCACAGAGAAGACUCUGGAACAGGCCAUCCCGGGCUCAAACCCAGCUCGGCCUGCGCGAGCUGGGGCAAACUCCUCGCAAACCGUACGGGGCUGUGAGAAGCUCGCUGGGCCUCAGUUUCCCCGUCUGUAACACGAGAGUGAUUGCAAGAGUCCUUAUAACAACGCAGUUAAAUACGGAUUAAGUUAGUUAAUGCGCAUGAAGUGUUUCGAGCAUGCCUGUCACCUGGCUGACUCCAUGGAAGUACGGAAAUGUUGGUCAUUCUGUGUCGUUGUUGGCAGUGGCAGUGGUGUCACCCCAGAAUCCUCUUCCCAGGCAGACAGCCUGGGCCCCUGCAGGGAACCAGGCGUGGAGAGAGCCACGUGGUCCCUGAUGGGGAACACGGGGCUCACCAAGACGGGACGAGGAGGCUGUCCCAGCCCAGGCCCCAGCUGAGGUGAGGAAGGCCAUUCUCAGGGGACCUGAGGGCACUGGGGAGGGAGUCCUUAAAUGUCACAUCCCCCUGUGUGACACUGGAGACACCCUUCACCCUCUGAGCUUCCCUUUCCUCACCUGCCAGAUGGCGGUGACGCCGCCCACCUCUCAGGGUGCCCGAGAGUCCCAGAUGCUACGGCUCAGGUGGGAGCUCCUCCCCUCGCAAACUGCGAAGUGCUGUGCGAAGGUCCAUUGUUGUUGCUGUGGGAGUGACACCCAGGCCCUCCCAGCAGCCUGCCUGGGCGGUUGUCCCUCGCCCCUCUGCUCGGGACCUGCCUGCCCAGCGGCGGACACUGCUGUUGCUGUCAUUGUGCACACAUCAGAGGUCGUACGCUGGCCUCGGCUGCGUUUCACCAGCCUGUUCAAGGUUUUCAAAAAGUGUGAAUUAGUUGCCCACUUUUCCAAAUCAGAGAACUCACAUUAAAAACCCAGAUUUCAGCCUUUUCUGGAAGAAUCCUGAAGGCCAGCGAUGCCGGGCCCCCAUCCCUGGCUGCUCUGGGUGGUCUGGGCCCUGUGCCCUCCAUUCACCCUUUUACUUGCUACCAGCCCCACGUCUCCCUGGGGACAGGCCAAGCGGCGUGCACGGUGCAUUCAGGCAAAGCCUCGGCACCAUUAGCCCUGGAUUUAAAAGUCGGCUGCGUGAUACUGAGCAACUUGUGCGACUUCUCCGAGCCCCAGUUUACCCAUCUAUGAGGAAACUGAGACCCAGAGAGGUCGCCAGUUCAGAAGUGCCUCUCCAGGGCCAAGUCCACUGAAGACCCGCGGGCCGGAUUGUGGGGUUGCUGCCAGCCCCAAGCCCCCCCGAGAGCCCCAGCCAUGAGCAACGGAUGGAAGGACCACCUUGGUGCCAGCAGCUCAAAGCCCCUCCCGGUCGUCGUCAUCGGCAAUGGUCCCUCGGGCAUCUGCCUGUCCUACCUGCUCUCGGGUUACAACCCCUACGUGAAGCCGGAUGCCAUCCACCCACACCCCGUGCUGCAGAGGAAGCUCACCGAGGCGCCGGGGGUCUCCAUCGUGGACCAGGACCUGGAUUACCUGUCCGAAGGCCUUGAAGGCCGGUGCCAAAGCCCUGUGGCCCUGCUGUUUGAUGCCCUCCUGCGCCCAGACACAGACUUUGGGGGCAACGUGGAGUCUGUCCUCACCUGGAAGCACCAGAAGGAGCGAGCCAUCCCCCACCUGGUCCUGGGCCGGAACCUGCCAGGGGGCGCCUGGCAUUCCAUUGAAGGCUCCAUGGUGACCCUGAGCCAAGGCGAUUGGAUGGGGCUCCCGGACCUGCAGGUCAAGGACUGGAUGUGCAGGAAGCGAAGAGGUCUUCGCAACAGCCGGGCCACGGCCGGGGACAUCGCCCACUACUAUAGGGACUACGUGAUCAAGAAGGGCCUGAGCCAUAAUUUUGUGUCUGGCGCCGUGGUCACGGCCGUGGAGUGGGGGACACCCGAGCCCAGCAGCCCCGGCGCCCGGGACCCCAGCCCCCUCUUCCAGGUGAACGGCUUCGUGACCACCGCGGACCAGAGCCAGCAGCCCUUCUCCCUAUGCGCCCGCAACGUGGUCUUGGCCACUGGCACGUCUGACAGCCCAGCCCGGCUGGGCAUCCCCGGGGAGGCCCUGCCCUUCGUCCAUCGUGAUCUGUCGGCCCUGGAGGCAGCCACGCGGGCAGGCACCGUGUCCCCGUCCUCGGACCCCGUCCUCAUCAUCGGGGCGGGACUGUCGGCGGCCGACGCGGUCCUCUAUGCCCGCCACUACAACAUCCCUGUGAUCCACGCCUUCCGCCGGUCCGUGGACGACCCCGGCCUGGUGUUCAACCAGCUGCCCAAGAUGCUGUACCCGGAGUACCACAAGGUGCACCAGAUGAUGCGGGAGCAGUCCAUCCUGUCGCCCAGCCCCUACGAGGGCUACCGAAGCCUCCCCGAGCACCAGCUGCUGCUCCUCAGGGAGGACCGCCAGGCUGUGUUCCGGGACCCCCGGGGCCUCCAGAAGGUCUUCGGCAUCGCCCUGGUGCUGGCCCUCAUUGGCUCCCACCCUGAUCUGUCCUUCCUCCCGGGCGCAGGCGCUGACCUCGCCACGGACCCCAACCAGCCACUGAGCGCCAAGAGGAACCCCAUUGACGUGGACCCCUUCACUUACCAGAGCAUCCACCGGGAGGGCCUGUACGCCGUGGGGCCACUGGCCGGGGACAACUUUGUGAGGUUUGUGCAGGGCGGGGCCCUGGCUGUGGCCAGCUCCCUGCUGAGGAAGGAGGCCAGGAAGCCGCCCUAGCACCUGGCCUGGCAUCCUUGCACCCAGGCCCUAAAGAGGAGGGGAGAGCACCACGGCCCUGCUGGACGCAGAGCCCAUCCCAAGAUGCCCCAGUGAUGGAAGGGGGCCUCUCCUGGCAGGAGACAGGAGCGGCCAUGAGCCCAUGCAACGGCCCUCUCAGAUAAAGAGUGAGAAACCCAGGCUGCCAGGACUCAGACCAGGGUGGAAAGAGUGACCACAGGACAGGGGAGGCCCAGAGCUGUAACUGGGGAUGAGAGCUGCCGGUGUGAGCUGGGGUCACCGGGGCCAGCUGAGCACCGAGCCAGGAGGAACCCAGGCCCUGCUCUUCCCAGAACCGGGUCCCAAAUAAAACCAGCGCCUGCCUGCA